AUGUCAACCCGAAGGGUAACUAGAGCAACCGUAGCUAAAGCUGCCGCCGAAGCUGCAUCAUCACCAGCUAUAUCUACGGCUUCAUCCAGCAACUCCCUUAUUACCAAGUCCAAGACCAAGUCCAAAUCCAAGUCCAAGUCGAAGAUCACCGAGUCAUCGGUAUCAUCAAGUACCGUCCCCAUCAAAUCAAAGCCCAAACCAAGCCCAACUUCAUCAACAUCAUCAUCAACCACACAAACCCUCAGUUUCCCAUCCGCCUCCCAUUUCGACGCCUGGCUCCUCGAUUCCGGCACCUCAACACCCUCCGGCAUCUGGCUACGCUUCAGCAAGAAAUCAAUCAUCGCAAAAGUCCCCUCCAUCAGCUACCUCGAUGCCGUCGACACUUCUCUCUGCCACGGCUGGAUCGACGGUCAGCGCAAACGCCUCGACGAGCACUUCUUCCUGCAGCGCUUCACACCUCGCCGGCCCCGAAGCUUAUGGUCUGCCCGCAACGUCGAGCGCGUCGAGAUGUUGACGGCUGAGGGCCGCAUGAAGCCCGCAGGUAUCGCUGCUGUAGAUGCUGCAAAGGGGGAUGGGCGCUGGGAUAAGGCUUACGCGGGGCCAGCGACUAUGGAGGUUCCUGAGGAUUUGGAAGAUGCGUUGGCAGAGAACGAAGCGGCAAAGGUGAUGUUCCAGGGGCUGAGCAAGUCGCAAAGAUAUUCGUUCCUGUGGCACAUUCAUACGGCCAAGAAGAGUGAGACGAGGGAACGGAGGAUCCGAGAGUUUGUUGAUCUCUUGGCCGAGGGAAAGACAUUGUAA